AUGGAUCUGGCAUUGCGACGAGCUCAGCCAGCUACGACAGCUCGCCAUGCUGUCCGCGCUGUAACCUGCGCGAGCUGUUCGCAAUCCAAUUCUAGACAAUUCUCGGUGCUGAACCGACCACCGCCCAACUAUCCUGGCCAUGUGCCUCUCACGAAGCUCGAGCGACUCGGUAUGGCAAUCGGGUCCAGUGCCAUGGCACUGAUCAAUCCCUACCGUGCCGGUAUGAAAUCUAUCCGUCAUGGCUUCUCUCCCGAGCUUCUGUACCUAACAUGUUUAGACCUCAUCGCGCAAGUGGGCGAAUCCACCGCGACACCAUACUUCAUCUACCGCCUCCGCGACGCCAUGCUUGCCGACCCAACCGGCCGCCGCAUCCUCCGUCUCCGGCCCCGAAUUACAUCCAAAACCCUCUCCAUGUCCUAUCUCCGCUCCCUCCCCGAGAACACCGUCGGCCGCACCUACGUGGGCUGGCUCGACCGCGAGGGCGUAUCGCCCGACACCCGCUCCGAAACCCGCUACAUCGACGACGAAGAGUGCGCAUACGUCAUGCAGCGCUACCGCGAAUGCCACGACUUUUACCACUCCAUCACCGGCUUGCCUAUUGUUCGCGAAGGCGAAGUUGCUCUCAAGGCGUUUGAAUGGGCCAAUACAUUGCUGCCCAUGCCGGGCUUGAGCAUGUUUGCCGCCGCGACCAUGAAGCCGCAGGAGAGACAGCGCUUCUGGGACAUUUACCUGCCCUGGGCGUUGCGGAAUGGAUCCAGAAGCAAGGAGGUGAUUAAUGUCUUUUGGGAAGAGCAGCUGGAGCGGGAUGUCGAGGAGCUGAGGGGGGAAUUGGGCAUUGAGCAGCCUCCUGAUCUGAGGGCGAUACGGAAGGCCGCGAGGGAGGAGAAGAAGAGAUUGAACGAGAUCAAGGCCAAGGGCAUCUGA